ACGGGCCCGUUGACUAGCAGUAGCACGCCCCCAGAUAGGUUUGCCUCGCGCGAGAGGCGAGACACCGGCCCCCAACUUCCGAAAAAACUUCAGAGGUCGUGGAAAUGGCGGCGGCGGAGAAGCCCGCGGCGGUGCGGCAAGCGGAGGAGCUGGUGGAGAGGGAGAUGGGCGGGCGCGACGCCUCCCACGACGCCGCGCACGCGCUCCGCGUCCGGGACCUCGCGCUCUCGCUCGCAGCCGAAGAGGGCCUCUCCGCCCCCAGCCGCCUCCUCACCGUGGAACUGGCCUCUCUCCUGCACGACGUUGGAGAUUACAAGUAUACCAAGAACAAUGUGGAGGACAUGAGCGUCGUGGAGACGUUUCUUCAAGAGGUAGGAUUGGAUGAAGCCCAGAAGGAUGAAAUAGUGGCGAUUAUUAAGGGGAUGGGGUUCAAAAAUGAAGUUUCGAAUAAAUCUAUUGUUGAUCCCACCCUUGAGUUUGCAAUUGUACAAGACGCAGAUCGCCUGGAUGCAAUUGGAGCAAUUGGUAUUGCAAGGUGCUUUACAUAUGGUGGGAGCAAGAACAGCGCAUUGCAUGAUCCUCGAAUUCUGCCACGUGAUAACUUGUCAAAGGAAAAGUACAUGUCCAAGGAAGAGAAGCAGACAUCAAUCAAUCAUUUUCAUGAGAAGCUUUUUAAACUGAAGGACAUGAUGAAGACAGAGGCUGGGAAAAGGAGAGCUGAGAAAAGGCAUAGGUUCAUGGAGGACUUUGUGGCUGAAUUCUACGAAGAGUGGAGUGGCAGGGCUUGAGGUUGAACUACCAGGUUUUAAACUUGUGUGAGAGUGUGCAGUUGGCCAACCAUUUCUCAACAGCUGAUGAUGAUGUUGUCGACCUGGCAUAUUUUCUGUUGAUGAAGCCAGGCAAAUAUACAAUGCAAAGCCUAUUAGAUUGGCUGAACAAUCAUACGGCCCCGUGUUAAGCAGUCAACCCACUAGCACUCGUGGUUGACGCUGGGAGCUGGAGUACUUUGCCAAAUCCAACUUGGUCGUAGAUAGCACCGAGUUCAGUUGAUUUAUGGCAAAUCUAUUCAAACAGAUGCCAUGGCAUCUUGUUGCUGUUGUACUGCAAUAAUACUGCUACAAUAUACCGGUUACAUCACCCCAAGGUCUAA